GGGUGAAAUGGGAGUCAUUGAUAACAGAAAAGUGUGGCAAGAAAAGGGUAAGAGCGCUAAUUGGGCUGGAUUUGAAUACAAUGUUGAUCCAGGGGAGUAUGCGUGGCUUGAAGGAUGCUAUGUAGGAACAGUUUACUCGGUGGAAAUGGUUAGAAAUUUGCAGGAAAAAUUUUACAUGGAAGGGUACUUUGCAUGUCGAAUCCGCGCGAUGGGGGGAAAAUUGGUGCUUCUUGAUUGUGAUGACAAAAAUGAGCUAAAACAUUUGGUGGAGUCGGCAUCCGAGUGGUUAGGACAAUGGUUUGCAGAAGUAAAACCAUGGUCACCGGAUAAGGUGGCGGAUGAAAGCUCAUGGGGUAAAUUCAUCUGUUUGGACGACAACACAAGCCAAAAAAGAAGAUUCGAUGUAGCUAGAUUUCUGCUCUCAACACCGAUCAUGAAUACAAUAUCAGUAUUGAGACAGAUUAAAAUUAAUGGGGUCAUGCACAAUGUUAAAUUUACGGAGGAGGAGUUCACCAACAGCUUCUUCUCCUUGAAGCAGGAUUUCAUGCCAACUUUUCAAAGCGAGUCUGAAAAUGAGGAGUCAUGGUCACUAGAAAGUGAUAAGGAAGACUCUGUUCUGGAAAAAAUUGCAGAGAUGGAGCAAGAGUUCAUGGGAGAUGAUAAGCUGGAGGAGGAAGAUGAUGAGGUGGCGUACAGUAACGGUCACAGUGAUGGGAAGUUUCUGUCACAUGAUGUGCAGGUCAAAAAGGGGAGAAUUGAAGCAGGGGCGGGGAGCUUGGUCCAAGUUCAAAAUUCAAAUGAAGAUUACCACAGUGCAGCGGAAAAGGGAACGUUGCAACAACAGGAGAAAUUGAAAGGUGCUGUAGAAAAAUUGGGCUUCAAGGAGAAUCAUAGGAGGAGGCUGAAAGGUAAGCCCAAAUCCCAUGGAAGUAGCCCAAGCUUUGAGGAGUCAACUAAUGAAGGUUUGGGCCAAGGUCUAAGGGGAUUAGGCCCAUCGGUUGGUCAACUUAUGGAGAUGAAUAAAGACAAAAGAUCUAAGGCUGUAAUUUCCGAAGAUGGGGAAGGGGAUUCGGUCCAGCAGAAAAUCGAUGCUGCAGAGGAGCAGAUGCAAUCUCCAAACCAGAUGGGGUCGAGAGGGGACAAGGAGGCGUCUACCGUGGAGGAAGUGAGGGAGUCGGUCAUGUGGGAGCAUGACGGCGAUGAUGAUCAGAAGCAGCUCUCGAAUCAGGAGGGAUCGAGGGGAGCCAAGACGUCUCUGUCCGAAGAGGAAGGAGGAGCUCCUACGCAGUGGGAUCUUGACGGCGAUGUGGAGCAGAGGCAGAUCCUGAAGCAGAAGGGGGCGUUAGCUUUUCAGCAAAAGAGGAAGAAGAAGAUCAGGCUUUGUAGUGCUAUCUACCGAAGAGAGGGGGCUGCGGGUGGUGAACGAAGGAGAAAGAAAAAAGAUGAAAGUGCAAAACAGAUCCGGAAAUCAAAGAAAGGUAGUCUAAUGCCGGUAUUCUUGGCUAGCCCAAAUGGCGAGAUAGCAGGGGAAUCCAUUGGAGAUAGUGGAAUAGAAAAUUGUAACAGGGCUUGGAAGGAACAAAUGCACAGCCACCUAGCUAAGGAAAUUUGGGAUUUAGCCAGACAGUUGGGUGCUACAGCAGAGAAGGACGAGGUGAUAGUGCAAAGAAUUGAAGAGAUGGAGAGGAGAGACAGACAAAAUAAAGAAGAAAUGGUAAAUCGGGCAGCUGAGGAAGCAAAGAAGGGUUUAUCUGGAGGACUUCUUUGUAUUUGGGAUUUAUCUGUGUUCAAAAUGAUGGAGGUGGUGGAGGGCCGUUACUUUAUGGGGGUGUUUGGGGUAUGGGGAGAGGAGCAGAUACCAGUACAUCUGAUUAACAUUUACUCUCCAUGUACUCUGGCGGGCAAAAGAGAGUUGUGGGAGGAGCUGGGUAAUUUGAUCAACAGAAGGAAGGGAAGAUGGUGUUUAGGGGGUGAUUUUAAUGCGGUCACAAAGGUUGAGGAGAGGGCAGGGUGUAAAGAUACAACUACAGAGAUGAAUGAGUUUAAUAGCUUUAUCCAGGAUGCGGGAUUGAUUGAUUUAGCAUUGAUAGGCAGAAAGUAUACUUGGUAUAGCUCAAAUGGUCGACAGAUGAGUAGAAUUGAUAGAUUUUUUAUAACUGCUGAUUGGUUUGAGAAGUGGAGUGAUAUGAAACAGUGGGGUUUGGGUAGAACUGUGUCAGAUCAUUGCCCGUUGGUCCUGAAAAAUGAAAAAAUAGACUGGGGACCAAAGUCGUUUAAAUUCUUCAAUGUGUGGCUGGAGCAGCAUGAAUGUAAGGAGCUGAUAAGAAAGGCAUGGAAUUCUACAGGGGAAGAUGGGAGAAAGGGUUUCAGACUGAAAGAGAAAUUGAAAGGAACUAAAAAAGCCUUGAAGGAGUGGAGUGGCAACCACAUGUCGGAAGUAGACCGCAAGAUAAAAGAUGCUGAAAAGAUGAUAGCUUCUCUGGAUGAGAAAGGAGAAACCGUCCAAUUAUCGGAAGAAGAUGCAAACAAGAGGAAAGACUGCUUCUUAGAUCUGUGGGAGAACUUGAAAAUCAAGGAGAGAAUGUGGCAGCAGAAAUCAAGGAAGAUGUGGUUAAGAGAUGGGGAUGCUAACACAAGAUUUUUCCAUAAUUGUGUGAAGGGCAGAUGGAGAAGAAAUGAGAUUAAUAGCAUCCAGGUGAAUGGGAAACAGAUUCGGGAGGUGGGGGAGUUAAAAGAAGGAGUGGCAAGGUAUUUUCAAGAUUUGUUCACAGAAAGUAACUGGCUGAGACCAAAGCUGGAUGGCAUCAACUUCAAACAACUUUCCCAUGCAGACAAUGAAUCCCUUAUGGCUGAGUUUUCUGAGGAUGAAAUCAAGAAUGUAGUGUGGGAUUGUGAGCCAACAAAAUCCCCAGGGCCUGAUGGGUUUAAUUUCAAGUUUAUAAAGGCUAUGUGGGAGGUCAUCAAACAAGAUAUUAUUGGCUAUAUCCAGGAAUUCCACGAGCGAGGCAAGAUAGAAAAAGGAGCAAAUGCAUCUUUCAUAGUCUUAAUCCCGAAGAUUGAGAAUCCCCAAAGAAUUGAAGAUUUUAGGCCAAUCUCGCUCAUUGGAGUUAUACAGCUGCUGGAUGGGGUGAUCAUCGCUAAUGAGGUGAUUGAGGAGGCAAAGAGAAAGAAGAAAAACAGCUUUCUACUCAAGGUUGACUUCGAAAAAGCAUAUGACAAUGUAUGCUGGGAUUUUAUUGACUACAUGCUGUUGAGAAUGGGAUUUACUGCCACAUGGAGAAAAUGGAUGAAGGAAUGUCUACAGUCAAGCACAGUUUCAAUCCUCAUUAAUGGAAGCCCCACAAGGCAGUUCCCGGUUAGUAAAGGGAUAAGGCAAGGAGAUCCACUAUCGCCCUUCUUGUUUCUAAUAGUAACGGAGGGAUUGAAUGGCUUAAUGUUAUCUGCGGUGGGUAAAAAUCUCUACAAGGGGGUGAGGAUUGGAAACGAAGAAGUGUCAGUAUCACACCUCCAGUUUGCAGACGACACGAUAUUUUUUGGCGAAGCAUCAAAGGAAAACAUUCAAGUUAUCAACUGCAUUUUGAGGACCUUUGAGUUAGCUUCGGGACUUAAGAUUAACUAUGGUAAAAGUCAGCUAAUGGGUAUCGGGGUUGAGGAAGAUUGGAAAAAGAGAAUGGCCUACACUCUCCACUGCAAAGAAGGCGAGCUCCCUGUUAAGUAUCUAGGAGUUCAAAUUGGAGGGAAUCAUAGAAAAUUAACGAUGUGGCAGCCACUGGUGAACUCCUUCAAAAAGAAGCUAGCAAGUUGGAAGGGCCGAGACUUAUCAAUGGGGGGUCGAAUCGCGCUGAUAAACUCUGUAUUGUCCAGCUUACCGGUGUUCCAAAUGUCAGCCUACUUAUUACCCAAAGGUAUUCUCUACUCCCUAGAUAAAAUUCGGAGAAACUUUUUAUGGGGAGGGGAGGGAGAGGGGAAGAAAAUUAAUUGGGUUAGUUGGGAGAGGGUAUGUAGAUCAAAGGAGGAGGGAGGUUUAGGAGUAAAAGACUUGAAGAAAUUUAAUGUGGCAUUGAUGGGAAAAUGGUUGAGUAGGUUGGCAAAUAUGGAAGAGGGCUUGUGGAAGAGUGUCAUUGUAGGAAAAUACGGAGCAGAAGGGGGACACUGGCUGGAUUGGGUGCGUGAUGGCAGGAACAUAGGAUCGCUAUGGUGGAGAGAUGUCCGAAGACUCAAGGCCGGGGAGGGAGUGAACGCGAGAUGGUUGUGGGAGGAUUUUAGGCUGAAGAUAGGGGAAGGGAGAGGUAUUAAAUUCUGGUGGGAUUCAUGGUGCGGGGAGGAGUGUUUAGCCAACAAAUUUCCUAGGUUGUAUUUACUGUCAACAGGGAAAGGAAAAGAAUGUCAUGAAAUGGGUAAAGUGGAGAGGGCCACAUGGAAAUGGAAUUUAACAUGGAGAAGGAAAUUGUUUGAAUGGGAAGAAGAAGCAGCUCGAGAACUAAAAGGGAUGAUUGAAGAACCUAAGAUGUUGAAUCGGGUAAUGGCUUCUCUCGGCAUCAGCAAUGUUCCCGGUGGAUGCAGCCGCCAGUUUUCCUUCACCACCGCCUUCAGAUACGGAAGUUUUUCGAUGUCAGUUUCUGAGACUUUCCCUUUGUUCCCAACGCUGUUUCUUAUUUCUUCCUGUGCUUUCUUCAUCACUCUUGGGUUCUUUGCCAGCUCCGCCAUGGCCCAAGCCAUGCUUAUGGCAGCGGUAUCGGAUCCGCCAAGAAAUAUGUCCUGAUCGGUGACAGAUCCAAAGGUGGUCAGUUUGAAAUUUUCAGAAUAAAUACUCUUCUUAUUA